CUUGGUAUCCUAUUUCAAAGAGGCUUUAUCUUUACCAAUCUUAGAACUCUGCAUCUUAAUUCUAUUGAAUUCAAUCCUAAUUAUGGGAGUAUUGACCGGCUUCUAUCUAAAUGCCCUAUGCUGGAGGAGUUGAUCGUAAAUUGUAUAAAUUGGCACCGUUGGAGCUCUGCAUCAGUGUCUUCCCCAACCCUUAAGAGACUAACUAUUGAUGGUGAACAAUAUCUACAUCAUAUACUCAGGGUGUCUCGUCGAGAGCAAAUAGCACCCGAAAAGUUCAAACCUAAAGAGCCUUACGCCAUACCCCCAGACUACGGUUCUGCGAACCCUCGCGAUGUUUCGUUUGAUACACCAAACCUCAUCUACUUAAACUACUCAGAUAUUGUUGCGUGCAACUAUCCGCUUGUCAAAUUGGAUUCCCUUGUUGAAGCUAGGCUCGAUGUUGGAUCGAAUACAAGUCAGAUGCAUGCAAGAGAUUCCGACGAAUUUCAAGUUCGUUGGGAUGCUACCAAUCUUAUCAUGGGGAUACAAAAUGUUAAAAUCCUGCACUUAACUUCAGCUACCAUUGAGGUGAUUGAAGACUUUUGUAAGACGGUACCGGUAUUCCACAACCUGAAUCAUUUAUCAAUUGAAAGUGACGAUGAACGAGGAUGGCAAGCCUUGCCUCUCCUUCUCACCAACUGCCCCAAUCUACAAACUCUCCUCUUCCAUGGUCUCCACCACCGUGUUACGGAUGGAUGUGGAGAUGCUUGUGACUGCAUCUCUUCUCCUCCUCCUCCUUCUCCUUCUUGUUUAUCAUCGUGUCCUGUGAAGAUCUUGAAGAUAUUGGACUUUGGUGCAACCUGUGGAGAGAUGUCAUUAGUCGAACAUUUCCUCAAGAAGUUGCCUCUGCUUGAAAAAGUGAUCAUCGUGCUACAAUGUGAAUCCUUCAUAGAGGAGGGCUGUGAUCGUAUUAAAGUCUCCAAGGCACUGGAGAUGUCCCCGAGAGCUUCAUCAAACUGCAAGUUGAAGGUUGUUAAUCAUUAGUUCCGAUGAAUCUCUCUGCAGCCAAUAAUAUGUUGCUGUUUCUUUUUAAGUCCAUUGCAUUUUAUGCAAUCUGAUCAUCUUACAUGUUUAAUUAGUCAGCCUCUGAAGAGUUUGAGUUAAA